AUGUCGACAAAUCAAACCGCCCUAGCAGCGCCGGCGCUGCCUUGUUGCGCCUCUUGCUCGAACCCCCGUAGCAGCGAGGAGUUCAUCAAGAACCAUGUCCGCACCCACGUCGAGCCCCCAGAGGAUUCAAAUGAGUGCUGCAUCUGUUUGGCCCCCUGGGGCACCGUCGACACACGCAUCUGCGUUCCUGAUGUACCCUACCAGAUUGUCAAUCUCCCCGGCUGCACCCAUACCUUCGGCUGGUGCUGGAUUGUCAAGAUCAUCGCCGAAGACGGCACCUGCUGCCCCUUGUGCCGGACCCCUUGGUUUGACCCCAACCCGGACACCCCAGCCAGUCAACGUGAACACAUUGAAACCUUCGUCUGGUGCCUCUCCACUGACUUGACAACAGCACGCUUGGCUCUCACCCACGACCCAGUCCUUCAAGACCAGGUCUCUGAAAUCACGCGGUCGAUUACCGGUGCAGUUUUUUACAAGCACGAGCGUAUAUCUCAGGCGAUGAAUACGCAGACUAUGGAGGAUUUCCUCGAGGACCUUGUGCUUACCCAACCUGGUGCUGAGGACCACCGCCUCCACGACCCUUAUGAGAUGACACAGGAGCUUUACUUCGGCAACGAUCCAUUUACGUUUCGGAACUGA